AUGAACAUUUCACAAUGUGCAACUUGGCCAAUAACACCAAAUUGCGAUAAGGUACUGUAAUUUUCAUAUUUGUGCUCUGAUUUUCAAUUUUAAAAAAAUUCAGGUGUUAUCCACGACGAUCUACUCAUUUUUUAUAAUUGCUAAUAUUUUUGUGGUUUUUUGGCCGAAUCGAAGAAAUGCUUAUAAUCGAAUGGGUAUGUUGGGAAAAUUUUGUUGGGAAAAAAUUUUUCACAAAAAAAUAAACACACCUCGAAUAUCCUGUUGUGAGCCAGCAUACAAUUUCAAGAAAAAAAAAAUCAAAUUUUAAUAUUUUUGAAUUCAAAACUGGAUCUCUAGACGGGAUUGCUUGAAAACUAGGCUCUCUAGACGCUGAUCCUUGACAAUUGAAAUUUCUAGGCUCGGCUACUUGACAACUAGAUUUUCUAGGGUUGUCUAGUUGGCAUUCAAGCUCUCAAGGCUCCAUGAGUCAAAAAUCCUCUCAUAAUAUUCAGAGUAAGAAUUAGACAUUCAGAGGAACAUUUUUAGUUUAGAAAACCAUCUUCUUAGCCCAGAUAUGAAAAAAAAAAUGAAAAUAAAAAUAAAAUAAAUUAUUUUUCACGUGACCCACAUGAAUUUAUUUAUAUUCCACCUCCAUCUCAUUUUCCAAAUCAUUUCUCAUUUUCAGAAGAACCCGAAACCACCUCUUCCCAUAGUAGAUCUCAAAAUAUUUCCUUCUCAAUAAUCCUCUCAAUAUGUGCCAUUUUCAUCGUCAUUUGCCAAUCAAUUUUCUAUUUCGCAUUUACAUUCUAUUUUCAUGGCUAUAAUUUAUUGUUGCUCAUUUAUUGCUCCUCAAAAUUGGUAGGUUCCUAAAAGACUUUUAAAUUUUCAAAUAGAUUCUAAAUCUCAAAAUUUGCAGCUUUUCUGGAUAUUCUCUCUAUGCUCAUUAUCAAAAUACCGUAUGCUUGGACACGUUCCAAUUUCGCUGGCUCUCGCAUUUUCCAUUGCAUUUUUCAUCGAUUUAAUCCCCCUCACAGCAUGGGAUAUAUUUUUUGAUAUAAAGUAAGUUCUCAGGAUUUUUUUUGUAUCUGGAAAUGUAUUAUUCAGUGCUCGCAAAAAAGGAGACCUCGUUUUCUAUAUAAUCGAGCUCGUUCUUGUUUUUCUGGUUUUCGCAUUUUCAAUGAUUUCUCCAUUAUUGAAACGAGGCGAAAGUUCAACGGAUCCAAGCAAUGCAUCGGCCUGGAAUAAUAUGUCGAAGAAAAUUGUGAUGGUUGCACCGUAUGUUUGGCCGACGAAAUCAAUUUAUUUGCAAUUGAAAGUUGUGAUUUGCUUGUUUUUGUUGGUUGCUGGAAGAUUGAUUAAUGUUGCGUUGCCAGUUUUUAGCAAAUGGAUUGGUAAGAAUUCAGAGGGGUGAUAAAAUGUGAAAAAAAAGCAAUUCCGCAAUUGUGCGUGAACUAAUUAUAAAUAAGUCUGAAGUUUAUUUUUUAAAAUUAUGAACUCUCGCUCGUUAUUUUAAUUUUGUUCAGCUGUGAUUUUUUGAAAAUUCAAAAUUUUGGUUGUAAAAAUCCACGUGGAAUUUUCAACAUUUCUAGGCUUUGUGUUAAAAAUUUUAAAAUCUAAAUUAACAAGUUCAAAUCUCUGGUGACGUCAUAAAUAUGAUAUUUCGUUCAAGUUUAUUUUUAUCAUAAAAUUUUCGAAACAUUAAAUUUUUUCCACAAAAAAAAUAUCAAAUCAGAUAUGAGCAAUGAAAAGUCAGAAAAAAAACUCAAGAGAUUCCGAACUUUUAAAUUUUUUUUGACAAAUCCAGCAAAAUAUCCUACUCAAUAUUCAACCACAUUUUUCCAGUCGAUGAAUUGACCACCCCUGACUCGUUCAAUUAUUGGUUGAUCAUAAUCGCAACAGUUCUCAAAUUCUUGCAAGGAAAUGGCGCGAUGGGUGGAUUUUUAAACACAGUCCGAUCAUAUCUUUGGAUCCCAAUUCAACAAUACACAACUAGAGAAUUAGAAGUGCAAUUGUUCACACAUCUUCAUUCUUUGAGUCUUCGCUGGCAUCUUUCCAGAAAAACUGGACAUGUUUUGAGGGUUAUGGAUCGAGGAACUAGUUCGGUUAACAGUAUUCUGAAGUUAGUUGUGUUUCAAAUUUUGAAAAAACAAAAUAAGAUUCUCUUUUGCAGUUAUAUUCUUUUCAAUAUUGUUCCAACAAUUGCUGAUAUCACAAUUGCUGUUAUAUUUUUCUUUUCGACUUUCAGUUGGCAAUUUGGAAUUAUAGUUUUGGUUACAAUGGUCCUUUAUUUAGUUUUCACAAUUAUGAUCACUGAAUGGCGCACGAAGUUUUUGCGAGAAUCUAACGAAAAAGAUAAUAUUAGCAGUGCAAUUGCAACAGAUUCUCUUCUCAAUUAUGAAACAGUAAAAUAUUAUGGAAAUGAGGAAUAUGAAGUGAAAAGAUUCAGAGAUUCAAUCGAAGCUUUCCAACUUCUCGAAUGGAAAUCUCAAGCAUCUCUCGCUUUUCUCAACUUUCUUCAAAAUUCGAUUAUUGGAGUUGGAAUGAUGAUUGGAUCACUUUUAGUUGUUUAUAUGGUUGUUCAUGAGAAAACUAUGACUGUAGGUUGACCUUCUGUGCCCAGAAGUCCCAGGACUUCUUGAAUAAUUUUUUGGUUUUAGGUUGGAGACUAUGUUCUAUUCACAACAUAUUUAUUACAACUUUACACGCCUCUCAACUUUUUUGGAACAAUUUAUCGAGUUAUUCAAAAAGCAUUUGUUGAUAUGGAAAAUAUGUUCGAUUUGAUGGAUGAAGAUGUCGAAGUUAUUGAUAUUCCAAAUGCAAUUCAAUAUAAUCCAUCGGACGGUCGAAUUGCUGUCAAUAAUUUGUCCUUUGAAUAUAAUUCUGGAAUUCCAGUUCUCAAUGAUAUUAGUUUCGAAAUUGGAAAAGGACAGACUGUGGCUUUGGUGAGUAAUAUGACGCGCGAAUAUGUACAUUUGAACACGCGCCAACCUCAAAAUAUGAGACAUCUGUGCACAUGA